AUGGCUUCUUGUGCCCAUACCUCCAUAGGCGAUCCAGACAGAAGCAGAACCAAGAUGUAUAAGUUGGCGGUGAUGGGCACCUGUUGUGUGGGCAAGACUGCACUGAUCAUGCAGUUUACUGAGAAUCAUUUUGUGACCGAGUAUGACCCCACCAUCCAAGAUUUUUAUCGUAAGCAAACAGUGGUGGACGAAGAGCCGUGCCAGCUGGACAUCGUGGAUACCACAGGCACUCAAGUGUUUUACUCUCUGAGGGACCAGAAUGUGCGCUGGGGAGAGGGAUUCCUCUUGGUCUAUGCAGUGAAUGACCCCCACUCUUUUGAGAAUGUAAAUGUCCUUGGGAACAUUCUACGAAGGCUCAAGGGCACUGACCCUGUACCCGUGGUGUUGGUGGCCAACAAAGUAGAUGUGACCAACAGGCUGGUGGACCCCACACGGGGCAAGGAGAUGGCCAAGAGCUUCGGGGUCCCUUAUGUAGAGACAUCAGCCAAGACUGGGCAAGGUGUGGAGCAAGCCUUCUAUGAGCUGAUUGGUGAAAUUCGUAGGAUCCGAGCUGAGGAGGAACUCAAGAGCCUUUCUAAUAUUAGCUGUGGGCGCAAGUGUUGCACAAUCCAGUGA